ACGAUAGGGGCCGUAGUCUACCGAGGGUGAUCGAGGUGGUGCGAGCCGCGUUUAAGAGCUAGCCGUCGUUUCGACGUAGUGACCACUACGUCGACCUCGAACGUUCCGCGCGAAAAUUCUCCCGGCUGCUCCGCGAGUCGCGUCCGUGAGUGAGACCGGUGAAAAGCCCUUCCCGUGACACAGUCUCUCGCGUUCGAGUUCCGAACGUCGCGAACGUCGAGGCGACAUCCGCGCGCGCGAAAGUGACAGCUCCACGAGUGGUGUGCUCCAGUCUCCCCUGAGAGAACGUCGAGGGAACGUUACGCUCGCCGACUCCGAGAGUCCCCUUACAGAUAGUGAUUUCGUUAACUCUACCGGCACAUCCCACUUUCCCCCGAGUCAACUUGCAACACUGGGAACAUCAAAGGCAUUUCGCGUGAUAUUUACAAUAAAAGUGAGGAUACACAUUUAAAACACGCGAAUCACAAGCGGAGCAAGAACAAGGAAAAGCCAGGAACGAGUGGUGGGUACGGAAGAGUCGGGUCGUAAAAGCUCCAGGAGGGAUAGCCUUUGAUUGUGAUGUGGUGGAGCCCCCCGGAGGGCCGCGGGGGCAGGAGGUCAGAGGCAGAUCGGUCGUGAGGGCAACCAGCACGGCUCGGCUGUCCCGUGGCGAAAUCGCCGGUAGGGCGGAGGAGGAGGUAGGAUGGUGUGACCUCCGGCGUCAUCCCGCCCGACGCGGAGGUGGUGCUGGAGGUGGCGGAGGUGGCGGUGGAGUCGAGCAGCUGCUGCCCGACUCAGAGGAGGAGGAGCCGACGGCGAUGUCGAGGCAGCUUCGAGGCGAACGAGACCACGUGAGCCGCGACUACCAAGAGGGCUACCUUAGUGAUUUUCGGGACUUGCGCGACCUCAGGGAUUUCAGGGACUUCCAUCGAGAUACGUCCCUCGACGAAAGGGACGGUCAGGGACUUAGAGAGGGACCCACCACUGGCAGAACAUAUCGAGACGACUAUCCGGAAGAAUACGACCAUCGUCCUACCGCUGCAUCCACCUCAGCGAAUCUCGAGCGAACAAACAACCCGGGAAAAUUGAACGGAAGAGUCACGCUGCAUGAGAGUCGCAAUGAUCUGCAAUUAGUGAAUCUGUGCGUACCUACAAGAUCGGCGAUCGUUUGCACUUAAUGGAGAAACUCUUUGUCGAAGGAAUGCAUCUCAAAGCUGAGAACGAGCUGCACACUACAAACAAAAAGCACACGAAACAAAUAAAUGAUCGGUCCGUCGCGAUGGCAUCGCUUUAAUUCGCCGGGUAGGAAAGAAACGCCGCAAACGUGAGUCGCGACAAUGGCGUUAACGAACCUCUAAAACACCUGCGAAAGAAAGCGUUAAUGUAGAUAUUGUAACUUUAUUGCAGCACUCUGAAUAUUUUGCAUCAAUUAAAAUGUAGACUACAUUAAUAAUGUAGAUAAUAUUUAGAUUGAAUUUAAACGCAUCCAAAGAUUAUUUACUGUUGUUUUAAUAAAAAAUGGAUAGAUAAAUUUAUGAAAUAUAUAUUUGUGUAGAAUUAUAUUUUACAAAUAUUUUACGAAUAUUUAUAUAAUUUAUAUAAUUAAGCAUAAUCAAUAUAAUAAUGAGUUUUUACACAAUUUUAAUUAACAUUUUAAGUAUAUAACAUAAGAUGCAUAUUUUAAAUUCUUCUAAUACGUUUAAAGAUUUUUAUGACGUAUAAAAUUACCUAUUAUAUUUAAGUAUCAAAUUUAUACAAACUUGCUCGAGUGUUGCAAUAUAAAAUUAAACUUUUUUAAAAAAAUAUUGAUAUAGUAAUACACAGAAUUUUUUUUUAUUAUUUAUUAAAUAAUUUAUAUAUCUAAAAGAAAUAAAUAGCUUAACAUUGAAAGAAGA